AUGUUGCUGCUGCUGCUAUUCCUGAGGGCUACCACAAGCAGAUGUGUACAUGAUGAAACACAGAAGUCUGUGAGCCUUCUCAGGCCCCUUUUCUCCCAACUUCUCCCAAAUGUCCGCUCUUCCUUCCUCACCCUCCCUGGCUCCCAUGAUCCUCAACCCCUCCGAAUCCAAACCUGUUAUAUCGGAGGUCCUAUAUCAGACGGAGCCUUGGAUCCUGAAGGAGAUGGGAUGAGAGAGGAUUCUCGAGCUUUGGCCGCAGUGAGUGAGGCUACUCAGAGAAUCCAGAGUGUCCUAGCAGUGCAAGGACCUCUGCUUCUGAAUCGAGACCCUGCCCAGUACUGCCAUGCUGUCUGGGGAGACCCAGAUACCCCAAACUACCACAAGUGCAGCCUUUUGAAUUCAGAGUACAAAGGAGAGAGUUGCCUAGGAGCAAAGAUCCCUGACGCCCAUCUCCGUGGUUAUGCCUUGUGGCCGGAACAGGGUCCCCCACAACUGAUCCAGCCAGAUGGACCUGGAGUCCAGAACACUGAUUUUCUUCUGUAUGUGCAGGUUGCCCAUACUUCCAAGUGCCACAGAGAGGUGAGGUUCAAAUCGAAUCAUUUUUCCCUGCUCUGCCUCUCUUAACCCUAAAUCUCUUGGUGCGGGGUAGGGAGCACAGAAAGCACAGUUUUUAUUAAAUUGUACUUAUUUGGGGUGACUUGGAGCAUGCUGAUAAAGUUUGGGUGGGAGCCAAAAAUAAAAAAAGCCCAAAUUUCUUCUGUGUUACCCCGCUUCCCUCCUUUCCACCCCUACCUUGUCCUGGCCUAUCCACAGCCCUCUAUAAUAGCCUAUGCUGCCUACUGCCAGCUGGACUCUGAAGACAGGCCCCUUGCUGGUACCAUUGUCUACUGUGCCCAACAUCUCAGCAGUCCCAGCCUCAGCCAUAGUGACAUUGUCAUGGCCACACUCCAUGAACUGCUCCAUGUCCUGGGUUUCUCUGGACAGCUCUUCAAGAAGUGGAAGGACUGCCCCUCAGGACCCAGUGUGAGAGAGAACUGUUCUACAAGGCAACAAGUGACAAGGCGAGAUGAGUGGGGACAGCUGCUUCUCACCACCCCAACCGUUAGCCACAGCCUGGCCAAACACUUGGGAGUGCUAGGAGUUUCACUGGGUGUUCCCUUGGAAGAAGAGUAGGGUCCUUUGUCUUCACACUGGGAGGCCCGACUACUCCAGGGCUCUAUAAUGACUGCUAUCUUCAAUGGUGCCCAGCGCACUCGACUUGACCCAAUCACUCUUGCUGCCUUCAAAGACUCAGGCUGGUACCAAGUCAACCACAGUGCUGCACAGGAGCUAUUCUGGGGCCAGGGAUCUGGCCUGGAAUUUGGACUGUUGACCACAUGUAAAACUGACUCCUCAGGCUUCUUCUGUACUGGCAGUGGGUUGGGCUGCCACUACCUGCACCUGGACAAGGGACGCUGCUCCUCAGACCCCAUGCUGGAAGGCUGCCGCAUGUACAAGCCCUUGGUCAAUGGGAGUGAAUGCUGGAAGAAGGAAAACGGAUUCCCACCGGGGGCAGAGAAUCCCCACGGGGAGAUCUACCAUUCCCAGAGUCGUUGCUUCCUUGCCAACCUCACUUCACAACUGCUCCCUGAGGACCAGACCAGACAUCCCUCUCAGAUCCCACACCUCAAGGAAGGGGAGCUGGCAGGCCGCUGCUACUUACAUCAAUGCACAGAGAGGGGAGCAUACAAGGUGCAGGUGGAGGGAUCACCCUGGGUCCUAUGCCUUCCAGGAAAGGCUAUUCAGAUACCUGGGUACUACGGUCUUCUCUUCUGUCCCCGGGGUGUGCUGUGUCAGACUCAUGAAGGUGCUAAUGCUGUUACUUCCCCACCCGUGAGUCUUUCAACCCAAGACCUGCUAUUGCAGCUGUUAGUAGGAUUAGCUGGGCCUCCAGGCCAUUCCUUGGGGAAACAACAGCGAGAAGAGCUGACGGAAGAAGUACUGCAGGCUCUGGUGAGCAGAGGAGGGACUGGCAGGUGCUAUUUCCACAGCCCGUCGAUUACUGCUAGCCUAGUGUUUGCUGUGCAAAUGUGGAAGUCCCCUGGCUGCCAAGGGCCUUCAGUUGGUAUGCUGCACAGGGCCUUGACCCUGACUCUCCAGGAGAAGCCCCUAGAAAUAUAUUAUGGAGGAGUCAUCUUUACCACAGAAUACAAGCUGCUGGCUACCUCGAACUCUAAUCACUCCAUGACCCAUGUAGGUCCAUCCAUGGGACUCUGCCUAAUGCUGCUUAUCCUGGUGGGUACACUGGGAACCGUGGCCUAUCAGAAACAAGCUAUCCUUCAAGUGGGACCAUCUGCCCCUUACCAUUCAUCAGAGCUUCAAGGCGCAAGGGGCCCAGCUGGACAAAUAAGGGAGGUGUGAUGACACUCAGAACAUGACAAGAGUAGGGUACAAGAUU